GGGCAAUAUAGACAGUAACUCUGUGCCAGUCUGCUGCUGACGACCUACUGCGAAGAUCGCUAUGGACAGCGAAGUUGCAGGGACCAAUAUGGCAGACAAAUCCACUGUAGGGAGGACUUCAACCCUGAAGAAACAGCUCGGGUUGGUCAGCGCUACGAGUUACAUGAUCGGCAAUAUUAUAGGGACUGGUAUCUUCAUCAGCCCAUCUGUCAUACUAGAAGGGAUGGGGUCCUCCGUGGGCUUGUCUCUGCUGGUGUGGACGAUGUGUGGAGCUUUGACCUAUUGUGCUGCCAUGUGCUAUGCUGAAUAUGGCACCCGACUGAAGAAAUCAGGGGGUACUUAUACCUACAUCCGAGAAGCAUUCGGAGACUUUGUUGGCUUUUUGUUUCUGUGGACUGAUUUCCUCAUUGGCCGCCCCCUGUCCACGGCCCUGGCGUGUUUGGCGGCUGCACAGUACAUCAUGAGACCUCUCUUCCUGUCCUGUCCGGACAUGGCGCCUACAGCAUCCAAAGUCAUGGUUGGAUAUGUCAUCCUUGGCUUCUUUGUGAUGGCCAAUAUGUACAGUGUCAAGCUCGGAGCCCGACUACAGACUGUGACCACUGUAUGUAAAGUAACAGCUCUGCUUACCAUUAUCGUUGCCGGUAUGGUUCAUAUUGGACAAGGACACACAGAUAACUUCAGUGAACCAUUCAAAACCACUCACCUUACUCCAGAAGGUGUUGUUCUGGCGUUUUAUGCAGGGCUGUUUGCAUUUACUGGCUGGUCAAUAGUCAAUACUGCGGUGGAGGAAAUCUGUAACCCAUACAGAAACAUCCCUCUAGCCAUCUUUGGAGGACUCGCAGUUCCGACCUUAGGAUAUCUUCUGGCAAAUGUUGCUUACCAUGCUGUUCUAACAAAUGGCGAAAUCCUAUCUGGAAUUGCUGUAGCCUAUGUAUUUGGAGAAAGGAAGCUGGGAUUCCUCAAGUGGGUUGUGCUUUCAUGUGUGGCAGUAUCAGCUGGAGGGAUUGCUAAUGUUAACAUCUUCAUUUUCAGCAGAACGUACUUUGUGGGAGGUCGUGAUAGACUGUUUCCUCGGUUCCUUAGCAUGAUCAACGUACAUAGAAGAACUCCACAACCUGCCAUUCUCGUGAUGUUUAUACUCGCAACUAUCUACAUGUGUCUCGGAGAUAUCAAAACUGUUCUGGGAGCCUAUUCUUUCUUCAAGUCUGGCGGGGAGUGUUUGGCAGUCGCUGGGAUAUUCAUCAUACGACGGAGGCAUCCAGCCAAAGACAACACUUACCAGGUCAAUUGGCUGUUUCCCGUCAUCUACGUUGUGUUCUUCCUGGUGCUAUCUGUCACAGCCAUCACCUUCGACCCACGCCUGUACUUGCCCACCUUCUGUGUCUCUCUGCUGGGUGUCCCUCUCUACUUCCUGUCCAGGAGUCGCUGGUGGCAGAUGGGGUAUCUGGCCAGGGUCAAUAAAUGGAUCACACUUCUGUGUCACCGUAUCCUUCUGUGUGAACCCGCCAGUCCAGAUGUAGUGUGAAGGAACUGUGUAGGGCACACUCACUCUCUUUUGUCACUUUUGAACAUAAAAGAUAAUAAUACAAAGAUGAUGUUACCUGUGAAUUAUGUAACACACACUAUAAGAUGUCCAUAAUCAGAUUCGACUGCAGAGAUAAAUUAUGCCAUGAUUACCUUAACACAUUAAAAAUGUUUGUGAUGAGAUGUCAGUAGUUAAUACCAUGUUUGUUGGUUGGCUUGUUGUUUAACUCCACACUCAUCAAUAUUCCAACUGUACGGCUAUAUAAUCUGUCAGAUUAUGAAUAUUCCAGGGCACAUUUUAUUGCUUAAUAUGUGUGCCUUAUUUUUUGCUGUUACUGGUGGAUCUGUUCCAGA